AUGUCCACGAUAUCAUAUUUGACUGUUUACAACGCACACAACGGUGUAUCCAUCAAAAUACCCAAACCCAUUAGAUUCCAUAGUCUCGGCAACUUUAAAGAGUAUUUGAUCCAAGCCUUUUCUAUUGAUGGCGUAGAGAAUUUGUUUCUACUAAGUUCAUUUGGCAUCAAAGUAAAUUUCAACCAUAUAAAUGAAACUAGCGAUGUUUUGGUAUUUGAUAAGAGAUUAUUCGCUGACAAGAUUGAUCAAAGAGUUUUACAAGGAUACUUGAGCGACUCAAAUUACCAGAAUAAAAGAACUAAAAAAAUAGAUGCCCUGCCGUUAAGAACAGAAACAGCAGCAACAACAACAUUCGAGACACCAUCAUUGUCAGUAGCCAACGCGGUUGUGAACGAACAGAAUUUACAGGGUAUUCUCCGGGUUUAUAAUAACUGGGCUCGAAACUUGCUAGACGAGUGUAACAGGAUAGGAGAAGAAUGUUCUAGUCUAAUUAAGCAAAUCAAUGCUAUAUUUCAAUCAUUAACAUCAAUCUUACAAUUUGCUGGCAAGUUUAUUGAUGACAUUACCCAAGGAUUUUACCACCAUUAUAACUAUGUCAAAUUACUCAAUUACAAAAAUGCUCACUCACAUCUACUGGCGAAUUUCAAGACAUUGCAACAAUUUCCUCCAGUUAUGGUUAAUGGCAGUCAUAUAAAUUUAGUAGACUUUAUUGAAUACAAAAGUCUCAAAAUGUCUGCAGACCAUAAUCUGAAACAUCUUCCUGUUGUGGUUAAGCAGUUUGAAGAUUUGAAACGUGUAACAAAGGAAGUUGAUGAUAGUCGUCAUAGGGUUGACCAAGCGAUUGAAGAAUUAAGAGGCGAAUCAAUUAAAAAAUUCAAGAGUCUCAAGAGCGAUGAGUUGUUACAAAAUGUUCGCUCAACGGUGCAAAGUAUUCUUGAAAAGAGCUCAGAAUUAGAGUCUACCGCCAUUGUGCAAUUAAAACAAUUCUAUAGUACCCAAAAGAACCAAACCUCGAAAGCUUUAGAGGAAAUGGCCUUUCAGAUGCAAUCGAACUUGAAUGAUUUACUAGAUUUUAGAAAAAGGCUCACAAAGGAAGGACCAACACUUUUCAGAACUAUUGCGAAUAUACAGUUGAGGAUGGUAAAUUUUAGAACUGCUUAUAAGUCACUUGCUGAGGAACAAAGAAGUGAACAAAUAGGCAGACAAGCAGACAAGCAACCAUCUAGUGCCAAUGAUAGCAUAAAAAAUAUUGCUGAUAUUAAAAUUCACGAUGAUAGGCUUACAUUAGUAAAAGACUUGCCCUUGAUUUUUGGAUAUUGUUUAAUAGAAAGGAGAAGACAAUAUGAAUGGAAUGAUUUUUUUGCAAAAGGGAUCGUUGACAAUGUUUCUGAGCAAUUGGCAAGCAUAGUCGAUGCCGAAAAUAACGCUCGUAAAUUAUGGAACCUCAGAUAUGGGAUGGAAAAAUUGUCAAUAAUUAAACCUCGACAACAACUUCGAGAGCUACUCCUACAACAACAACAACAACAACAACAGCAGCAUCAGCAGCAGCUGCUGCAAUACACGGUACUACUGUCCCGAAUACCUUUUGUUGAUAUAUCAUUUUCUGGCAAAAGCAAUAUUAAUGUACCUAUACUUGAAGGUAUAGAUGUGCAGAGGGAUGAUAUUUUGAAAUAUAUACAACUUAUUGAGGAGUCUUCCUUUGGGCAGACAUGUGCCGAGCAGCUCCGAAAGAGGUAUUCAGAAAUGAAAGCAUCAACUGAAACGAUGAAGUACAUUACAAGAGGAGUCUCUUCCUUGAGACAUAUUAAACUAUCAAGUCCAAAGACCGAUGGUAGUGGGCCAGGCGAUGGAAGCAGAAGCGAUAUGAAUGUUAAUGCGGUGGAAGCAGAAUAUACUGUAGUACGAGAGCUCAAGUCCCGAAUCAAUAAGCUAGAAAGCCUACUUCAUCAAUACCAAUAUCGCAACAUCAACAGUUGGCCAGUGACACGGAAUAACCUGGAUAAUAGGAUGAGUCUUAUUGUGGAUUCAAAGCAAAUAGCUUCGCAAACCCCGCUCACAGACCCGACUAAACUUCUCUCAAGAAAUCCAUCAACAUCAAGAAACGGAGGAUCUCAACCGAGCUCAGCCCACUCUCAAGAGGUUCAGGGAGCUCAUGGACUUGAAUCUUCUUCUAUUGAUAAGCAUCUCGAUAAUAUCAAGUUGCGGAAAAUUAAUUCAGAUCUAAAAGCAACCAACGAAACGCUUUUGAAGGAUAUCGCAGUGAAGGACCAAGAAAUUGCACAGCUACAAUUGCAAAUAGAAGACAUGAAAGUCUCGCACAAUAAUAAGGUUAAUAAAUUGAAUCAAGUUAUUGAGGAUGGUGAAGAAAAGCUUAGACUUCAGAAACUAGAAUCUAAAUUAGACAAGAAGGAGGUUGAGAAUCUCGAGAGCAAAGUUACUGCAAAGAAUGCCCAAAUACGUGAUUUGACGGAUGAAAAAACUGCUGAAGCUAAUCUCGUUGCCGAUUUAAAACAUAAAUUGGAGCAGCUGACUAAACUUGUUUCUGCUCUUCGCAAUGAAUUAAACGAUUCGUCCAAGAUGAAAAAUGACCUUUUAUCAAAUAUGUCGUCAAAGGAGGCGGAGUUUGCACUUGAGCGCAACAAGUAUAUUGAAGAUAUUGCUAGGUGGAAGGCUAAAUUUGAAGAAGCCAGCGAUGAUUAUGAGAAUUUGAUGGAGUUGACUCAAACAAAACAAUUAAAGCACGAAAGUGUUGUGGAUGAUCUAUAUAAAACCAGUAUUAAUUUUAUGACAAUUAUCAAGUUUCUUGUUGGUAAGUUGUAUGACAACUUUAGGGAAACUUGUGUUAUAUUGGAGUCAAUGGGAUUGCUUUUGGUGAAGGAGGAUAAAAUUUAUAAGAUUAAGCGCGUUAAGGGGCUCAAGUCAAAAAAAUUGAGCAAUGGUGACCUUGACCCAACAUCGCCAUCAGUUCAUUCUACCGACAAUAUACCAAACUCACGAGUUGUUGAAGAAAUAAAAGCAAAAUUAAAUUGGUUGGACGAUCUACCACUUCUUCAAACAAGCAUGCCAGAUAGUUUUUAUUCUUCUUUUGGAAUUGAAAAUGGCAAUGACGAUAAAGGUAUUGGAACUGGCGACAAAACCGCCUGUAACACUGAUGUAGGUGACCAGCAUUUAGAAAAUGCCAAGAAACUAAGAACUGCAUUUGAUGAAAAUUUCCGUUUGGAUGCACCUUCAAAGCUUGAAGAAUUCUUGAAAGUGAUUAGUUUCUCAGAAAAUGUCCAUUUAGUUGACCAACAUUCGACUAGUACUCAAUUCUUUGUCAAUGCAAUAUUAAAGAGAUUUAAAGACGUCGAAGGGUUUGCCAAGAAAAUAAGCAAAGAUUUGAAAGCUAAGGAUCAAGAAAUAAACAAGUUUCAUUCGCGAACGAGAAACAAGAUAGCAAUAAAGAAUUUUGAAGUUGGUGAUUUGUUAUUAUUUUUGCCAACCAAACUUGAAAAUGGUUCUGGUGCUAAUGAAGACCACAAUACAAAUCAACCAUGGGCCGCUUUUAAUGUUGGGUCUCCACAUUAUUUUUUAAAAAAUGGUAAUGGUGAUGGUAAUGGCAACAAUGAUGAGGUAGAAAAAAACCCGGCUUUGAAUGCAAAAGAGUGGUUUAUUGGUCGUGCAAAAAGCAUUGUGGAAUACAGGGUCACGGAGGAUAAUUUUGCUUCUUUUGAAGCAAACCCUUUCCACUUAAGUAUUGGAGUGACUUGGUAUAUGGUUGAGGCCGAGGCCGAGAGGAAAAGCAAAUAA